GGGAGCCGGAGGCAGGGGGAGGGAGAGAGUCCAGCUCCCGCAACGAGGGGAGGAGGAAGGAGGGACCGUGUCGGUGGGAUGGUCCGGAAAUGCUGUGAUAAAAAGAGGGGCGCGGGGGAAAAGUAGGGAGAAGCUCUGGACUCGUUCCUUCUCCCCCACUCCGCACCCGCAACUUCCCCGGCAACCCUCGGGCACUCGAGAGAGGAGAGGAGCCAGCACCUGCCUCGGGCACCUGCCCGGCCCGGCCCGGCUCGCACAGCGCCCGCCGCCCAGCGAGGCUGCCUUCCAAGGAUUCCCGGUCUCUGUGCAUGUGAGGUGUGAAGGUGGGCAGGACCCCAAAGAACAAAUCAUGGAUUUUGUUAUGAAACAAGCUCUAGGAGGGGCUACCAAAGACAUGGGGAAGAUGCUGGGUGGGGAUGAGGAGAAAGACCCAGAUGCUGCUAAGAAAGAAGAGGAACGACAGGAAGCCCUUCGGCAGCAAGAGGAGGAGAGGAAAGCCAAAUAUGCCAAGAUGGAGGCUGAAAGAGAAGUUAUGAGACAAGGGAUUAGAGACAAGUAUGGGAUAAAGAAGAAGGAAGAAAAGGAAGCAGAGGCCCAGGCUGCACUGGAAGCUAAUGCUGAAGGGAGCCUGACACGCCCAAAGAAGGCCAUCCCUCCUGGCUGUGGGGAUGAGGAGGAGGAAGAAGAAGAGAGCAUCCUAGACACAGUCAUCAAAUACUUACCAGGGCCCCUGCAGGACAUGUUCAAGAAGUAAUAGCUGCAGACUGUUAGAUGGGCAUAAACAGUACUGCAAAGGAUUUCUCUUUUGCCCAAUGGGGAUUUACAAUCUUGCCAUUCAUCCCGCAUCCUCCCCACCUCUUCCCUCUACUGCUCACUAGGAGUCCCUUCGCUUCCCAUUUCCUUCCAACUGCCUCUUCCCCUUUCCUCCACCCCAAGACUCAUCCAUUCCUUAAUUUUGUACAUAGUCACAUCCAGUAGAUGCCUCUGAAUGGAUAUAAAGAUUAAAAAGCUGCAGACUACACAAAUUUUAUUAUAAGCCAUAGUACUAUGUAUGUUAAAUAAGGCAACUGCACAUCAAGCAUAGAAAAGGAACAAUCUCAUUUCCAUCCAAUGCAAGAAGGAGUGUUCACUAAGUAUGAACAGUGGCCUCUUUAAUUUUUUUAAAUUUUCUUUUUUAAAAUUGAUAAUAAUUAGUCAUUAUUAUAAUGUUCCUAUUGAUUGAGUCACAUUAGCCAUUUUUUGUUGAGCACAUCUGCUCUCAGAAGGGACAUCUCAGCUCUCCCAUGGAAGCAGAGCUUUUCUGUUUUAAUUCUAUCCGUGACAUAAAUAAAAAUCUUUUAGAAAGUAAAUCAUGCAUGACUUACACAGCUGACAUCACUCAGAAUUGUGGAAGAAGUGAGUCAUCUGCCCUCAGAUGCUGUAGAAGUUAAAUGCCUCAGAAUCUAAGCAAGAGUCAUGUUACUUUGGGAAUUAGCCAUACAUUUACCUUGAAUGAACAAAUUGGUCAGGCACUUGCCACACAGACGGCUGAAACCAUAGAAGAGUGCACAGUGCUCUGGUAGAGGACCUCCCCAAACCCUCUGAAGCCAAUGAUGAGUGUAUUUUCUGCUCUGUUUAACCAAUCCUCCUCUUCCUGCCAUAUUCAACCAUCCCAUUUCCAGCGGUGCUUGUGGGUUGCGUUCCACCAUAUCAUCAGGGCUGUGUCCUGCCCACCCUUUCCUGCAGUAUGUAGGAGUGUGUGGUGGCCUGAGUGUAAGUCAUGACAGAUCCACAAGUAUCCAUGAUGUUUAUUGUGCUAAAUUACUGCAUUGCCUUGGGGAGGUCACUUAUUUUCUGCCCCACUGAGAUUCUGCACCUGUAAAAUGUAGAUUUCAGAUUCUAUCUACUAUAAAAGCAUAUAAGAGGAUGCUUCUCUAGUACUGUGCAGGAGCUAAUUUAUAUUACAGAAAUGUGUGCUAUCCCUUGAUGCUAGUAGGGUGUGAGAAGAUGUUGUUCCCACCAUUAUUUUUGCAGCUUUUUGCAGACACAGGUACAGAGGUCUCCUCAAUGAAACACUGUAGAUAUCACAUAAUUGCAUAAUGAAUUCCAAAUUCUAUGGGAGAUGUUGACUUGCUAAUACCUACAUAGAUUCAAUACAUAGAUGUAUUUUGAGUACAGGUCCUCAUGAUCUGGUAUCUGUCUUGUCAUCUGAAGAGCUAAUCCUGAAAUUUUGCAUCUGGCUAGGUCUCUAUAGUGGAUGCUGUAAGAGUGUCAUGCCAUCUCAGUCUCACAAUCUUGUCAGGAGAAUCAGGGUUUGUCUGGCAGAACUAGAAUUGCUUGUCCCUGUCCUGGGAACAACAAAAAUUUCCUAAUUUCCUAAUUUCUGCUGGCAACGAAAAGGAGCAUAAUAUCAGACACUUCUUUAUGCACCUAAAUUAAGCAUUUUACUUCAAUGGAUCUUCUUUACACUGUUUUAGUGUAAUUGAGUUUAGGCAAACAUCUAUGUAUUUCCCUAAAUAAGAUAUUUUAGGAAACAUCUAUCACCUUUCCAGGUAAGCAGAAGAAAUCUGUAUCAUGGUUAAGGAAUUGAGCAUGAGAGCUUUGUACUGGCCAGUAGCAUCUGUUGUAAUAGGAAAAGAGUGUUUUGAAAGAGAACAAAUAGAGUAUGCCCUCCUCGCACAGUUUUUAUUCAGGUGUUAUAGUCCUCUUUUCUUCUCAAAUAAUUUCAAACAUAACUUUCUGUUGAAUCCAUGGCAGAGACUGAAGAGGUUUGACUGAUACAAAGUCAGAACAAGUUGAUAAAUACGCAACUUGUUUCAGGCUGCAUCUGUGAACAAGACUGCCAAAUGCUAUCCAGAGGAAAGAGAAGGCAGGUUUUACUCAUUUGGAUAAUGUCAGUGGGACAUUUUCCCCCCUAACUUUCAUUUAAAGCAAGAUUAAUGCUUCCCUCUUGACACUUUUAAUGACCCAGAACACUCUAUGAAUCAGUGCUUGGGUACAGCAUCAUAGUGUUAAACAAUUUACCAUUUUCUAGGAAGAGUGUCCUACUCACCCCAUGCAAAUUCAGUAACUAGUAAUUUGAGGCUGUUUAAGUAAAUCCCACAGAACUGAAAACUCUCUUUCUGUCACAAGGGCAGCAGCUCAUUCUGAUGGUCUGCUGCAGAGUAUCCAACAUCCCUGAAAGCUAAAAGGCAGAGCCUGGCUCUUUGCUUCAGCCACUCCUUGCUUGCUAGAUCUCCUUACCCAGAUCACUGACACAGACAUCAAUACUUUUGAAAUGCUUUGAUUAAUCUCUGUGGCACACAUCCUCUGAUACAUAGCUAGAACCAGCAGAAAUGUGCCUGUGCUAAAAUGAACAUGUUCAUUCAUAUAUUUCCCUGGCCUUGUGCUGGAGAACUCUCCAAACAAACAAAUAAAUGAGAAGAUAAGCUUAUUCCACUUUACUUUGGCUUUUCUCUACCACUUGCUUGCUGACCUUUCCCUAAUCCUCAUUACUGAUUCCCUUCCUCAUCCAACCAAAUACUGUUCUGAUGUAAGAUCAGAAUUUUCUGCCUUACAUUCUCCUUGCAGAAUGUUAGCGCUGAUUGUUUUCACAGUCUCUGGCAGCUUGGUGUGCAUGUUUGUGCACACAUCUGUGGAAGGUGAGGAAAUCAGAGAAGGAGAGGAGAAGAGAGAGAAAGGAAAGCUGUUUGGUACCAUUUUAGAUAAUUGUGCUUCAGCAGCUGUGGCAUUGAAUGGUCUAAGUGGUCUAAGUCAGAACCUUGUGUAGAUUAUAAUCAAAUUUCUUAAGCAGGUAGCGCUAUUGCUGGGCUCAGAACAUACAAAAUACUGCCCUUGUGAGCUGAGCUCCUGAGCUGUGUGAACAUCUGGAUUGAAUCCCUGAAGAGGGCCAUAGGAUCCCUACUGUGAGUUUGAUAGGCCUCAUUCCAGGCUCACAAAGCAGGAGGGAAAGGUGGUUUAUUAAAUAGUGUUUACUGAAUCUUUGUCAUGGUGGGAGCUUCCCAGCUCAGUCAUUUCAUCACUACUGUAUCUCAACUGGCUCCACCUGCAGCAGCCCUUCUUUCAUUGACAGCAGAGAGUUCAUCCAGGUGUGAGCUGGUAGUUCGCAUUUUCCUUUUCUUACCAUAAGAAACAUGACAGAAGAUCUACCACUGGAUAGUUUUCGCUUAGUUUUGCCUCGCAUAACUUUUGGCACGUUGCAUGAGAGUGGACCUUUCCUCAAGUCAUUCCAUGGUCCCAAAGUGCCUAAGCCAUGCUGAACAGACUCGAGAGCAAGACACUCUCCCUUCUCUUCUGCCCAUCUAUUUCCCUUCCCACUCAGAACUGGUAACAAGGGACACAGACACUUUGGCUCAUGUAUGGUAGUCAGAAGUGCUGUCUCACACACAUUUCCCCUUGGCACUCAAGCAGGUGAUGAAGCACUUAAACAAGAGACCAAAGAGAAGCAUGGUUCAUUGUUUGGAUUCUGAAUAUAUUUUUGUCUUUCAUUACAUUGUUUUAUUUGCAUCACUGGUCUGUUCAAUCUCAGGUAAAUGAGGUAUUUUAAUUUUAUAACUAGUUUUUAUUUACACAGAAAGGUUGUUGGCUAGACACUGCAGUCAUUUUCCCUCACAGCUCCAAGACCUUACUAGUUAGUAAAAAAAAUAGUCAAAGGGCCUUCUCAUUUGGAGGGUAAAUGAUUUAGUUUGCCAUUGAACCUUGUGAACUCACAUUUAUAUGUAGAGAAAGCCAUAUGAAAUCAGACUGCAAUAUUAAUUAUCAAUGCUACUCUUGUGUUUAAAAUUAAUAAAACAAAAUAUAAGAUCACAUGCUUAAUCACUUUGGAGUUCCUCUGUCUGUUUCUAGUAUCAUUCAUUGGCUUAGAUCCCUCCCAGCCUCUCUCCUUCAUCAAGAAAGACCGUGCCAGUGCUGCUGAAUACAUCUUUUUGCCAAGCUUUUUGUGCUAGAACAAGCAUUGUUAGAAAUUAGCUGUUGUGGUCUAAAUGUAAUGUCUUCUGUAUCUGAAAGUUGUCUGUAUUUGUUCUGAAUAUAUGUUAUCAAGAUAACUGUUUCUUCAUGCACUGAGUUAGUAAAAUGUUUCAGUACUGUCAUUUAAAAAAAUUGCCUGUUUCUCUCUUUCUCUUUCCCACACACAGAGCAAAAUUUAACUUAGUCAUGCAUUUUCUAGUAGAAAUGCUCCCGCUUUCUUUCAGAUGCAUGCAGUAUUUGAGGAUGAUUUAGAGACAUUGUGAAUGUGAUUUUAAUUUGUUAUUUUCCUGGUAUUUUUUCCUGCAUGAUGUGGGUAAAUGGUAUGAUGUUCUUUUAAAAUGGAAUCACAGCCAAUAAAAAACCCCAGUGAUUUCAUAAA